AGAUAAUCUAACAUCAAACUCGUUGGAUAAUCCAACUUUGGGAUUAUAAUUAACCACUCCACCCACCACAAUCCAACUCAACUGUUUACUAGUCCAUUCGCUGGAGAAUCAUGUAACUGCUACUUAUGUCGUUCUCGUACCAAUUGUCAGAACCCUUACAUAAUCGUAGGAUUCGUAAUGAAGUUCAAAGUCUCAUGGUUGAGGAACAUCACCGCUGAAGAUUUCCAUGGAAAAUUCAAAUUAGGGUUCCAAUCAAACCUAGUAAAAGGUUUUCUUCCUCACACUCCCACUUCACACAGGCCCUUCUCCGUCGUCUCGGAUCGUAUUCAUCAUAUACUAAGUUGUGAGAAUCUAACCCCUCGGCCUAGAAACUGUCAUGAAAGAACUCUGGUUUCCAACUCUAUUGCUGACUCCGAUGAACCCAUAACCGUUCAUCGAGAUGACCCAUCUGCUGUUUAUGUCCAAAACGUCCUUUAUUUCAGAAGGCACAAACCAGUGGAGGAGAUCGACAGGGCUCUUAGUCUAUGCGACCUUGUGCUAACCGAAGAUUUUGUUCUCAAGGUGCUGCGAAGACAUCGAUCAGAUUGGAAACCCGCCUUCAUUUUCUUCAAUUGGGUUACCAAAAAAGGUACUAACGAAGAUAAAUUCACCCCUGGUUCUGUUAUUUACAAUGAGAUUCUUGAUAUUCUCGGGAAAUCCCACCGCUUUGAGGAAGUAGACAAGGUGUUUGUGGAAAUGUCUAAGAGAAAAGAACUUGUUAAUGAGGAAACGUAUUCAGUUCUUCUUAAUAGAUAUGCUGCAGCUCAUAAAGUGGAGGAAGCGAUCAGCAUUUUCUACAGAAGGCAAGAAUUUGGACUUGAGAUGAAUUUGAUUGCAUUUCAGUCACUUUUGAUGUGGUUAUGCAGAUACAAGCACGUAGAAGCUGCAGAGACCCUGUUCCAUUCCAAGAAGCAUGAGUUUGUUAUUGAUAUAAAGACGAGCAAUAUUAUCCUCAAUGGGUGGUGUGUGUUGGGGAAUGUUCAUGAGGCCAAAAGGUUUUGGAGGGAGAUAAUUGAAUCAAAAUGCGAGCCUGAUAUUUACACUUAUGGAACUUUGAUUAACUCAUUGACAAAGAAAGGAAAGCUGGGGACAGCUUUGAAGUUGUUUAGAGCCAUGUGGGAGAGAGGAUUGAAAACUGAUGUUGUGAUCUGCAAUUGCAUCAUUGAUGCCCUUUGUUUCAAGAAGAGGAUUCCUGAAGCUCUAGAGAUCUUCAAGGAAAUGAACGAGAGAGGGUGUGCAGCAAAUGUUGCAACUUACAACACUCUUAUCAAACACCUUUGUAAGAUUAGGAGGAUGGAGAAGGUUAAUGAGCUUUUGAAUGAAAUGGAAGAGAGAAAGGGGAGCUGUUGGCCAAAUUCUGUGACUUUUAGCUAUUUACUCAGGUCGAUAAGGGGUCCGGAGGAAGUUCCUGUACUCUUGCAAAGGAUGGAAACAAGUGGCUGCAAGAUGACUAGUGACAUAUACAAUCUGAUUCUGAGAUUGUAUAUGGACUGGAAUAUACAGGAAAGGGUUAAGUCUACUUGGAAUGAAAUGAAAGAGAUGGGGUUGGGACCCGAUCGUCGCUCUUACACGAUUAUGAUUCAUGGGUUGUAUGAGAAGGGAAGAACAAAAGAUGGGCUGCGCUAUUUCAAUGAAAUGACAUUGAGGGGAAUUAUGCCGGAGUCGAAGACCGAAAAGUUGGUGAAUGCUACGAAUGUCAAAGACUCAAAAUGCCAGAAAGGAGAGCCAAGUAGAAAAGCUUAUUAAACAAGCGCCAAAUCUUGGAAAAAUAGAUAAGCUACCUGCAACUGGGAGAAAUUAAAACGAAGAACAGCCCCAUAAAUGUGCUUUCUCUCACGAUUAAAGUUUGUUGCAGCCAUUGCUAAUACGUUUCUUUCGAUGGGGAAGAGUUUUCUCUACACAUUGUCUACAUGGGCGUUUGAGGAUUUUCAGGGUUGAUCAGUCGGGAGUGACCAGUUGUCAUAGCCCGUAGGCCAUAGGUCUCGAUCCCAAGCACAAACUAACUAUAGCUGGUCGUGCUCUCUGAUCAUGAUUGUCGGUCUAGAGUCCCAAUUGUCGAUAACCAGAGACCAACGAUCAGGACUGACGAGAAGUGUCCAGCAAUCAGGACUACUAACCAAUGAUGUGCACAAACUAACUAUAGCUGGUCGUGCUCUCUGAUCAUGAUUGUCGGUCUAGAGUCCCAAUUGUUGAUAACCAGAGACCAACGAUCAGGACUGACGAGAAGUGUCCAGCAAUCAGGACUACUAACCAAUGAUGUGGACUGUGGAUCAAUAAUCAAUGACCACUUCAGUGACAGGGACCAGCAAGAAAAGAUCAAGGACAAGGGAUCGGGGUAUGUGACUGGCAACGACUCACAUCAUCUGAAUGUCAUUGGUCAUUAGUGCUCUGGCCUAACUGUUGGCCAUUGGUUGUUGCUGGUGGGUGGUUGUCGUCAGUUCCUGAUCAUUGAUCUUUCGUUUGUAGUCACUAACCAUCUGUUGCCAGUCUUGGUCUCUGAUCGUGGUUCUCAGUCUCCAUUUCCGAUUGACAACCAUCAGUAGCCUAACAAUCAUGACUUGUAACUAGUGGCUAGUGAUAAGACUGGGACUGCGGAAUUCUGACCAGCGACUGGCACUAAGAAUUUGGAUUUGAUCAUUGAAAACCAAGACCAACAACUGCAGACUGCUGAUGGAGAUCAAGGAUCGUCGACUAGUGACCAAUCUAGGCAUUGAUGAAUAGCAACCAGUUUGACUUUUGGGAUUGGGGAUCCGAUGACUGGCGAUUGGGACUAGGGACUACCGGAAAGGAAUUUGUUGAAUUUGUCUCCCACAGCGAAAUUCCUUUGGCUGCACACUACCAUUUCCUUCAACUUCUGAAGUUGAUCCAUGGGAACUGACAAACUCCACUGAAGGGAUUGGAGGAGAAGUAAGGAGCCCAUUUCAUCUGCUGUGUCAUCUAUCAAUCCUUGCCUUCUCUGUUCUACUUUGCUUAAGUUUUCGUGCACUGUAUAUCAUUUUUUCAUGUUUGUAAUUGUAAUGAGACAUUUCCUAAGGAUGUUCUAAUUUCCUUCUCAAGAUUUGGUUUAAGGUCCGGGCGAUAA